AGUAUUUUCUCACACCAGGAGGCAAGAAAGAACUGAUCCAGCAUAUGCUACCCCGUACGAUCUCAUAAGUCCUUUACAAGGAGGAUUUGGUCCCGACCAGCCUUAACUAAGUACAAGUCAUUUGUUUGGAAAAGCUCUUCUAAGUUUUCAGCCUGUAACCACUUCCAGAAUAAAAUGAAGAGUUGCAGACUGCAGAGAGCAACCGAUUAGUAACGGAUAUAUGGUAAAUUCGCAUUAUCUUCGAUUACCAAUCUUAAUAAGGAAGUCUCACCUACAUUCAGCUUUAUUCCAAGUGAAACUAAGUCUUUUAACAAAUUUCUUUUCAACAAAAAAAAAUCCUCUUGGUAGUAAGAACAAACGAAACAAUACCUAAACAACAAUUAUCAGGCCUAAAUCUUAACCAGCAACAGCAGCAAGAGCAUACACUCCUCCUCUUUCACAUAGAAAAAUCACAUAAAGAACAAAGAUGAGACAUUUUUGAACUAUUAGACACUUAAUUACCCCAAAAUAAAGACUUGGAAAAAGAAUUAUAGAGACUAAAACUACAGCUUCAAACUCACAACCAGAACCAGUUCCACUAUGGCUCACACAUACAACUUUUUCCAGAAUCACUGUGGGCUCCCCAUAGAAUAAAAGAUGAUCUACGCCACGUAUAACUGAUGCCAUAUAAUUCUGCUGCAUACCAUUAUACUAUACUACUGUCCCACAGAGAUAUAGAAUUGAUUCCUCCACGUUAGACAUCUCCUACUUCAAUUUUUGUAGCAUACCACGAUUGCUCCGGACUAACAAAAGGGGUUUACUGUGGAGAUUCUGGUGUAAACAAUUGAGUUCACAAUCGGUAUUUUUAGAUAGCCAGUGGUCGACCGAAUCAAUUGCCGAGUUGCUUGCCACGUUCAGUGUGUUAAAAGUCAUAUAGCAUGAAUUUAGAAAAGAGAAAUAGUCCAACUAAUACUAGUAAACUAGUAUUAACUAAAAGAUAUUAUACUAAUAGAGAUAGCAAGAACUGGAAAAAUGUUUCUUAACUUGCAAUUUGCAAUAAUCAUUUGUGAAACGCAGUUCUACUCCCUAAAAUGAUUCAAAGUUUGAUAUAAUAUAAAUUGAUCACGAAAGUCCAACAUUAAUUACAUCAACAUCUUGGAUAAUUUUUCAAAGAAUUUAUAUACUGAGAGAACAAAAGCAAUCGGAGGCUUAGAAUGGAGAUUCUGGUGUAAACAUUCAAAUUGACAGUCGAUGUCUCUAGACAGCCAUAGUCAAUGAACCAACCGUUUAAAAUUGCUGCCACGUUAAGUGUGUUCAAAGUCAGCUCAUAUAGCAUAUGAAUAUAAAAAGAAGAGAUACUCCAACUAGUAGUAGUAAACUAGUAAUAACUCGGAGAAUGUUUCUUAAUUAAGCUUGCAAAUUGCAAUAAUCAUUUGCAUAACAUGCUUCUAGUCCCUAACCAGUUCAAACUUUGAUCUACAUAAAUUGAUAACGAAACCCCAUCAUUAAUUACAACAUCUUGCAUUAAAUUUUCUAACGAAACUAUAUACCGAGUGAAAAAAUGGCAGAGAGCGCUAUAACUUUUCUGGUACAUCAAAUUUCAGACUGGCUCCACAGUGGACAAAAGUUUAUUGUAGGAAUUGAAGAAGAAAUUGUGUAUAUCAAGGAUGCAUUUGAACAAAUGAGGACUUUCUCAAGAGUAGCUGAUGCAAAAGAAGAAGAAGAUGCUGAAUUACAAGUAUGGAUCAAGAAAGUACUAGACCUUGCACAUGAUGUCCAAGACAUUCUUGAAAGUCAUUUUGUCAUGUGCAACAGUUUUCAAGAAAAGGUAUCGUGGCCAUGGAAAAAACCCCAUCAUUCAUUAAUGUCUGAGAAGUUAUUUGAAGCUCAAAAUGAUAAUAUUUUAAAAGCAUCGGAAGGUAUAAAGGCCCGAAUCAUCGUCAUUUCUGAAGGACAUAAAACGUUUCUUCAGAAAUAUGGUGUUAUAACAAGUGCAGAAAGUAGCAACAUUACAUGGUGUAAUAACCAUGAAGUACUUCAUGAUGAUGCAGAUCUUGUAGGCAUUGAAAAUCAUAAAUCAGUACUACUUUAUCGGGUUCUUUCUGAUGAUCCAGAAUGGAAAUUGCUUUGUGUAGUUGGAACAAGAGGUAUAGGGAAAACCACCCUAGUCAAGAAAAUCUUUGAUGAUGCAACAGUGAACAAGCAUUUCAAUCAUCAUACUCUGUGGAUUGAUAUUCCAAAAUUUUCUAAUGUUAAGGAGCUAUUCACGUCCAUGCUUGCUCCACAAGAUGACCAUUCCCGUCGAGCACUUGAAACCAUGGAUGCUAACAUGUUGGCACAAUUCCUUCAAUUAUUCUUUGAGUCAUCAAGGUACUUAAUUGUCCUUGAUGAUGUCCCUGAUAUUGGCACCUGGAGAACUCUCAAAUGUGCAUUUCCUAGAGUAAGCUGUGGCAGCAGGAUUAUCAUCAUAUCGCGUUUUGCUGAUAUAUGCCAUACUAUUUGUGUGGAAACUGAUGUUGAUAGUCAUGUUUAUAAUUUGAAGCCUUUGUCCAAAAAAGAAUCUUGGAUUCUUUUCUGCAGAAAGGCAUUUUCAGGCAGCCUAUUAUGCCCUUCAUCCUUGAUGCAAAUCUCCAAUGACAUUGUACAGAAAUGCAGAGGUCUCCCACUGGCGAUUUUGGUGAUUGCUGGUGCUUUGGCUACUAAAGGGAAAAGAAAAGAGGCGUGGGAGAUAUUCUAUGACAGCCUUGUUGACAAGUUACAAGGUAGUUAUAGUGAAGUCGAGCACAUGAAAAGGAUACUCAAUCUAUGUUAUCAAGACUUGCCUUUCUAUCUCAAGUCUUGUUUCACUUAUCUGAGCAUAGUUCCAAAAUAUCAUAUCAUCGAUAAGAUGAGACUGACUCGAUUGUGGGCAGCAGAAGGACUUGUCCUUGAAAGAGAGGGAAAAGCAGUUGCAAAAGUUGCUGAAAGCUAUCUCAAUGAACUUGCAAAUAGAAGCUUGAUCCAAGUUGAUAAAAAAUACCCUGAUGGAAGGUUAGCGAUAUUCAGCAUUAAUAACCUGUGGUAUGAAAUCAUUCUUUCUAAGUCAGGGGAAAGUGCCAUGGCAACUAUAGCUAAUGGGGAAGAAACAAGAAGGCCUCACAAAGUCAGACAUCUGGUAAUCACUGAUGAAUUGACAAACGAUAUACAAAAUAUUGAUCAGUUUAAGCAUCUUCACUCACUAAUAACGUUUGGUUCUCCAGAUUCUGUGACUAGUUCAUUCUUGUUGAAGCUGUUAUGUGGCAGUUUCAAGCUACUCAAGGUCUUAGACUUGACACAAGCCCCAUUGGUAAAAAUACCAAAAGAAGUCUUUGAAUUAGUACAUCUCAAGUUUUUGAACUUAAAGAGCACUAAGAUAAAACAUCUCCCAGGAUCAAUACAGAAGCUUGAGAACCUCGAGUUCUUGGACCUAAGGGAGACAUCAGUAAACAAAUUGCCUGUUGAAAUUCUAAGGCUUCAACAUCUUCGCCAUGUCCUCAUUUAUCGACGUGGUGCUGGUUUUUUGCAUGGUUUUAUAGCUCCUGAGAACAUAGGAAUCCUUGCGUCCUUAGAAGUGGUGACUCUUAUAAAUGCCACUACAAGCACAGUGAUUGAAUUGGGAAAGUUAACAAGACUACGAAAGUUAGAGAUCGCAAAGCUGCGAAGAAAACACGCAAGGGAUCUUUGUUCUUCCCUUGACAAGUUGAUAAAUCUUGAACAACUAUCUAUCUCAUCUUAUGGGGUGAAUGAUAUUAUUGAUUUACACUAUCCCCUUCGUUCUACACACUCAUCCCUUCGAACAUUAACCUUCGAAGGGCGUUUGGAGAGGCUUCCAAUAUGGGUAACAUCUCUUGAAGCCUUAGCCACAGUUCAUUUAACUUUGACCAAGUUAGUGGACAAUGCACUAGAAACUCUUCAAGAUUUGCCCAACCUUGUAAACCUUGUGCUAGAUUCGGCUUAUGAAGGCGAAGAAUUGAGGUUCAGGGCAGGCGGAUUCAAGAAACUGCGAGAAUUAUAUAUUUGGCACUGCAGGAAUUUGAGUAUAAUUAAAGUGGAAGAAGGUGCAAUGCCUUCUCUUGAGGAGCUUCAACUGUGCAACUGUCCGGUAAUGAAGGAGUUUCCGUUUGGGAUUGAGCAUUUAAGCAAGCUUCAACGUCUUGUGUUGCAAAAUGUUUCUGAAAAGAUGUUGAUGACUUUGCAGCUUGAGGACAGUCAAAGUGGGGAUUACUGGAAAAUUGCUCAUAUUCCUAGAGUUCAGAUAGUAGACUUGUAGAAAAACUGGAAGAUAGAUAGGAUUGGAAUAAUGCAAAAGAGAAACAAAGUCUUAUUGAUUAGCACCGUGUUUCUUUGUUAAUUCAGAUUCAGACUUCCUAAGAUUAUCAAUGGAGCCCAAAAUAUUACUCUUUA